AUGCCAUACAAACGAAAGAAAUAUCAUGUCGGAGAUACCCAUUUAAAAAAACGCUGGCGAGUGCGCAAUAGGAAGAAGGAUUUAGACCAAAUAGACGUAGAUUUGAAAGAAGAAAAUGCAGACAAGUUAUUGAAUCAAAGCGUCGAUCUCGACUUACCUGGUGCUGCUCAAUAUUACUGCCUACAUUGUGCUCGCUACUUUAUCCAUCAACACGCUCUUGCCGACCAUUUUAAAACGAAGGUACACAAAAGGAGAUUAAAGGCAUUGGAGCUCGAACCAUACUCCAUAGAAGAAUCUGAGAGAGCCGCGGGGCAUGGAAACUUCAAGCUACCUAAUAAACGUAAAAUUGUCACACAAGAAACUAAAAACAUAGAAAACGAAGACAUAACAGAGAGGGAUUCAGAGGAAGUUAUUCCAAACAAAAAGAAAAAAACUGAAGAAAAUGAUACAUAA